GCUUCUUCCCUCAUGUUUCUCACAUGCAGUGGAUCCGUCUCCGUUCGGGCCGCGCAUCCGGGCUCCAUGGACCCGAACCCUCCGCUGUCUCCUCUUCUUUAACUCCUCGCGAACCUUCGUCUCCUGCUGUUUCCUCGUUCUUCCUCUAAAUUGCGCGCGUCAUGUCUUUCAGCACCAACACUAAACCCGGCUUCUCCGUGCGAGACAUCCUGGACCUCCCGGACUCCACCGGAACCGAGGAGACGGAGGAGGACGACGCCGAGGACGCCUCCCGCUCGGCGGACGCGCAGAAGCUGGACUUGAGCCGCCGCGGUUUACGCGAGCGGGACGGAGGGAGCGUGGGCAGGUGGAGCCGCGGAACCAGCAACCCGCACUUCUCACACCACGGCACCGGACCCAAGUCUCCAGAACUCUCCUCAGGGGAGUCCCCGCACGCGGAGCGCGAGCCUCCUGGCGACGAAGCCCAGAAGAACCGCGGCAGGAAGCGGCGCGUGCUGUUCUCCAAGGCGCAGACCUUCGAGCUGGAGCGUCGCUUCCGGCAGCAGCGGUACCUGUCCGCCCCAGAGAGGGAGCACCUGGCCCGCCUGGUCCGCCUCACGCCGAACCAGGUCAAGAUCUGGUUCCAGAACCACCGCUACAAGAUGAAGCGCGCGCGGGCGGAGCGCGCGCUGCAGGCGCUGCUGCCGGGCCGCCGGGUCGCCAUCCCGGUUCUGGUGCGCGAUGGGAAGGCCUGCGAGCGGAUCACGGCUCGGGACGUGGAAGCGACGCUGAGGUCGGGCCUGGGCCUCCCGUUCUGCGCCUACUCCCCGCUGCUGCACCCGAGCUUCGGCCCGGAGCCGCCGGGCCGCGCGCAGCAGCUGGCGCACGUGUACCACUGGAGCUGGUGAAGGCCGACGGUCAGCGCGAGCCGUCGUUGUUUAGUGGAGAUCAUUUGUCCGGAGUGUGAGACGAAAUGUUCAUUAUUGUUUAUUUUUAUGGCAUUAAUUUAAGAAACGACGCGCAACCGUCUAAAACUACAGCAGCCGUGAAAACGCGGCUCGACCCAAACGUGGUCUAGUUUCUGUGGCUGGUGUUUUUCUGCAGAUGUGUCACGUUAAUCCGUGUUUUAUAAAUCUAUUUAAAUGUUGACUUGUUUUGUAAUAAGCUGUAUAUUUAUAACUGUGAAUAAAGGUGGGGACCACUGUCUGUGUGUGAUGUUGGUGAAGGUUCU